AUGGAGAACCCGACAGAGAACCCCAGCAAGGCGGCGGAGUAUCUAAAGGAGCUGAAUAAGAUCAUCGAGACCCAGCAGGGGCUGCUGGAGAAGCAGAGGAUCCGGAUUGAUGAGCUGGAGCUCCAGGUGACGGACCUUUGCAAGGAAAACGCCUGCCUGAAGGAUCAGCACCAGCGGCACCUGGCCACCUGCAGGCUCCAGCAGGGCAACCACUCCACCCUGGGAGCCAUUAAGGAGAAUGUGUUGCAGGAAAAAUCUGAAAGCGAAAGUUCGAGAUGUGUCAGGCGACACGCCUCAUUGCCCGUAGAAGUCUCAGAGAUUCCUCUAAACCUUAUAGCCCCUCCAUGUAGAAGAAGUUACCCCUGUCGCAAAUGGAAGUCUGCAUCUUUUGGGUAA